GACCACAGUCGUCGCUUGCCGCUUGUCGUCGGCUGUCGAGUUUUACCUACAAAUCGUUGACUUAACAGCGUCUCGUUACCUGCAAGAUAACAAUAUUAAGCAAACCAGACGCGUCGUAAAUCAAAUAUUGUUAAACAGCUAAACGGCCGACAUGCAAACAGUCAUUAAGAACCCAAGCUGGUGGCGACGACGCACCAAGUUGGAGAGAAGCCUCCUCAUUGUCAGCAGCAUUCUGUUCGUGGUGGCAGCAGCCGUCUUGGGCCUGUGGCUGAACGAUGUCCUCAGGUCGCGUGGCAAGAACAUGGGAAUGGACGGUGGAGAGGCUCCAAAGGCCACGGCCUUGCAUGGGGACACCACCAGCAUGAACCAGGUGCCGGUGGCUCCGGUCAAGGGGAAGACGGAGAUGGACAAUGCCUGUCUCAGCCGGGAGUGCAUCCACACGGCUUCGACGGUGCUGCGGAAGAUGAAGCCCGAGGUGGAGCCGUGUGACAACUUCUACGAGUUCGCCUGCGGCACCUACAUCGAGGAGGAGAACAUUCCCGAUGACAAGGUGGCCAUCAGCACGUUCUCGGUCAUUUCGGACAAGCUGCAGGAACAGCUGAAGGACAUCAUCACCGCGGACCGACCGGACACGGAGCCCAAGCACUUCCGCCUCCCCAAUCUGCUCUACAAGGCGUGCAUGAACAAGACUCUCAUCGAGUCACGGGGCGCGGAACCCAUCACCAGAAUGGCCGAGUCCCUGGGCGGUUGGCCACUGCUCAAGGGCGACGCCUGGAACGCGGACAACACCUGGAGCUGGCAAGAGCAGGUCAAGAAGUUCCGAAACGCCGGCUUCAGCAUGGACUACAUCAUUGACUUUUCCAUCGGAGUGGACCUACAGAACAGCACAAAGCGAUUGAUUGAUCUGGACCAGUCGGCUCUGGCACUCAGUCGUGAGUAUCUGGUCAAGGGCUUCAAUGAGACCCUGGUGACGGCCUACUACGACUACAUGGUGGACAUUGCUGUGCUUUUCGGAGCCAACAAGGAGCAGGCCAAGAAGGAGCUGCUGCAGUCUCUCGAGUUCGAAAUGGCACUGGCCAAUAUCUCGUGGCCAAACGAGAAGCGUCGCAACUCCUCGGAGCUGUACAACCUGCGCAGUCCGCAGCAGCUGCAGGCCGCCUAUCCCUACGUCCAGUGGGUGGACUACAUGAAUGCCCUGCUGCCCGAGGGUCUCAGCAUGGCCGAUGACGAGAUGAUCAACCUGUCCGUGCCCAGUUUCUUCGAGGAUCUCGGCAAGCUGCUGGCCAAGACGCCCCAGCGGGACAUUGCCAACUACAUGUUCUGGCGCAUUCACUCCUUCUCGAUUGGCUUCCUCAGCGAGGAGUUCCGCAAGCGGCAGCUGCAGUAUGCGACGGCACUGUCGGGACGCCAGGAGCAGGAGGCGCGCUGGAAGGAGUGUGUGGACAUUGCCACUGGCAGCAUGGAUGAAGAAGAAGAAGAUAACGAUAGCCUGGGAAUAUCGGUUGGUUCGCUCUAUGUGCGCAAGCACUUCAACCAGGACUCGAAGGCGAACGCCUUGGACAUGGUCAACGAUAUCAGAGCGGUGUUUAAUGACAUUCUGGACGAGGUCAACUGGAUGGAUGCCAAGACCAAGAAGGAGGCCAAGCUGAAGCUGCACAGCAUGGCCACGCACAUCGGCUACCCCGACGAGAUGCUCGACAAUGAGAAACUGGCCAAGUACUAUGCCAAGCUGGACAUCAAUCCCGACAAGUACUUCGAGUCCUUCCUGGGCAUGAACAUCUUCGGCACCGACUACUCGUUCAACAAGCUGCGUCUGCCCGUUAACAAGACGGACUGGGUGCGUCACGCCCGUCCUGCCAUCGUGAAUGCCUUCUAUUCCUCCCUGGAGAACAGCAUACAGUUCCCUGCCGGAAUACUCCAGGGACACUUCUUCAAUGCCCAGCGUCCCAAGUACAUGAACUUUGGAGCCAUUGGCUACGUGAUUGGCCACGAGAUCACCCACGGCUUCGACGAUCAGGGACGUCAAUUCGAUGUCAAGGGAAAUCUGCGCGACUGGUGGCAGCCGGACACCCAGAAGGCAUACCUCUCCAAGGCCCAGUGCAUCAUCGACCAGUACGGCAACUACACGGAACGUGCCACAGGUCUCCACUUGAAUGGCAUCAAUACGCAGGGUGAGAACAUCGCCGACAAUGGCGGCGUCAAGGAGUCGUACAUUGCCUACCAGCGAUGGGUGCAGAAGCACGGAGAGGAGCCGAAGCUGCCUGGGCUGGACUACACUCCGCAGCAAAUGUUCUGGAUCUCAGCCGGCCAGACCUGGUGUGCCAAAUAUCGCAAAGAAUCGCUCAAGAUGCGGAUCACCACCGGCGUGCAUUCGCCGUCUGAGUUCCGUGUGCUGGGCUCGCUCAGCAACAUGAAGGACUUUGCCAAGGACUUCCAGUGUCCGGAAGGUUCCCCCAUGAAUCCAGUUCAAAAGUGUGAAGUGUGGUAGAGCGGUCUCGGCCACCAGCUGUUGUUGAUUUGGUGGCAAUUAGCCAAUAGAAAGCACAUCGUAAAGGCGUCGAUCAGGCCAGCAUAUAGAAGGGCUAAGCUAAUCUCUCGUAGAAAUA